AUGUGCAGAAGUCUUUCUAGUUUGUCUGUUUCCAAGUCUUCCUCGUCUAGUAGGGCAAAGCUUAUGUUUCUAGCUAUGUUAUGUUCGUACAGUGUCCCAGGUUCUAGAGGACGAUUGGAUCGAAAUCUGAAAAUCCUGUCAAAAAUCGUCUGGAAAACACUCUCCCUACCGGUAGAAACUUCUUGCCUACCGAUAGGACAAGUCAAGCUGCUCAAGCUGCUUAACGUAUUCAUUCACCUACCGGUAGAACUUGUUUGCCUGCCGGCCAAGUACAAAGUCGAUUCGUUCAAAAUGUUGGCUCUUCUGUUUGCAGUUUCUGCCGGUAGGAUUUCUUUACCUACCGUGUACAAGUUAAGAGUGUUAUCCAAUAGGCUUUUGAAUGGGCACACACUUUUCACAAUUCAAUCCUAUGCAAGAAGUCAUUUGCCCAAACAGUUUUGUCAUAAGUUUGAGAGCCAAGAACGUUUUGAGAAGUCUUUCCAAGUCUUUCUCGUUUGUCUAUUUCCAAGUCUUCCUCGUCUACUAGGGCAAAGUGUGUUUCAUCCGCUAUGCCAUGAAGAUGAGAGCUCAGGCUUGCUGCAGUUCAAGCACAGCUUUGUCCUUGACAAGUUUGCCUCCGUCGACCCUUCCACUUACCCAAAGGUUGAAUCAUGGAAACUUGACGGAAGUACAAACGAUUGCUGCUCGUGGGAUGGAGUGGAGUGUGACCAUGACACCGGUCAUGUCAUUGGCCUAGACCUCAGUAGCAGCUUUCUCCAUGGUUCUAUCAACUCCAGCAGUAGCCUCUUCAACCUUGUUCACCUCCGGAGGCUAAACCUUGCUGACAAUGACUUCAACUCUUCUCAAAUCCCAACUCAAAUUGGAUCACUUUCGAGGCUAAGGAGUCUCAACCUAUCUGAUUCUUUCUUUUCGGGUCAAAUCCCUUGGGAAAUCUCCUCUCUUUCCAAAUUAGCUUUCCUUGACCUGUCUCGAUAUGUUGAUAGAUAUUCCGAUGACAGCCUUUUGAAACUUGAGAAGCCGAGUUUGAGAGACCUAGUUCAAAACCUCACCCACCUAAAAGUACUUAACCUCCGAGAGGUGAACAUAUCUUCUGAAGUGCCCAGUGUUUUCUCAAAUAGAUCCUCUCUAACACAUCUUAAUCUUGAGAGUUGUUUGUUAAACGGUGAAUUCCCAACGGUCAUUUUCCAUCUACCAAACCUGCAGAGUCUAAACGUUGAAAAGAACGAAGAUCUGACUGGUUAUCUGCCAGAAUUUCACCAUAGUAGUCGCCUCGAGAGUUUGCGAGUUCAGAUGACGAGUUUCUCCGGAGCGCUACCAAGUAGUAUUGGUAAUCUCGAAUCCUUAAGGUUUUUGAAAUUAAGCGAUUGCAAUUUCUCAGGGACGAUUCCAGAUUUGGUUGGUAAUCUGACUGAUCUUUCCUACUUGAACAUUGGCUCAAAUAAACUAGUUGGUCAAAUCCCAUCUUGGCUAGGCAACCUCACAGGAUUAAUAGACCUUGACCUUUCUGUCAAUCAACUACAUGGCAUGAUUCCCAGCUCGAUCUAUCAACUCGAGGAUCUUGAAUACCUUAAUCUUGGUCUUAACAACUUGGGUGGUAAAGUUGAGCUAGACAUUUUUCUGAAGCUCCCACACCUUAGGGAAUUACUACUUUCAUUUAACAAUUUAACAGUGCUUGCAACAAACAGUACCAAUGCUACUCAUCCAAAGUUCAUUAUAUUAGGAUUGUCAUCAUGCAAUCUGGGGGAGUUUCCAGAUUUCCUCCAUUUCCAAAAUGAACUGGAGGUCCUGUUUUUUUCCAAUAACCAAAUUCAUGGCCAGAUACCACUUUGGUUGUGGAACAUAACCAAAGAAAACAUGCAUUUGGUCGACCUUUCCGAAAACUUUUUGACAGGCUUUGAGAAGUCUCCAGACCUCAUUCCAUGGCAGUCACUGAUAUAUUUGGACCUCAGUUUUAACCAGUUGCAAGGAUCACUCCUAGUUCCACCACCAUCGACUGCUCAUUAUCGUGUCGCAAAUAAUUCACUCUCCGGAGAAAUUUCACCAUCAAUCUGCCACAAUAGUUCUCUUUCUACACUUGUCUUAUCUUACAAUAACUUAAAUGGCAGGAUUCCUCAAUGUUUGGCCAAUUCUAGCGAGGCUUUAUCAGUGCUCAAUCUACAUUCCAACAAUUUUCAUGGCAUUAUUCCUCAGGCAUUUGCGAACGGGAUCAAGAUGAUUGAUUUGAGCGAAAAUCAAUUGCAUGGGCCGGUACCACCAUCAUUGGCAAAUUGCACAAUGCUACAAACUCUUGUUCUUGGAAAUAAUCGUAUUGAGGGUACUUUCCCCUUUUUCUUAGGAGCUCUUUCCAAUUUGCGAGUUCUUAUUUUGCGGUUUAACAAAUUCCAUGGCAUCAUUGAGAAUCCAGAAAUCAAUUUAGCAUUACCAAAGCUUCGCAUCAUUGACCUCUCUCACAACGAAUUCUCGGGAAACUUGCCGUCAAAUUACUUCAAAAACUGGAAUGCAAUGAAAAUGGUCGACCUGGGAAAGUUAACAUAUAUGCAAGUGGAGGUAAGUUCUGAAAUGGUGACUACUAGCUAUAGCUAUUCUAUCACAAUAGCACAGAAAGGCACACAGAGGGUAUAUGAGAAGAUCCAAAGUGCCUUUGUAGCUAUAGAUCUGUCAAACAACAAAUUCAGUGGAGAAAUUCCAGAAUCUCUUGGAAGUCUCAGAGGGCUUCAAGUGCUAAACAUUUCCAACAACAAUCUCACCGGAGCUAUCCCAUCAUCCUUGGCAAGUCUGACAGCGCUCGAGUCGUUGGACCUAUCUCGAAAUGAGCUCUCAGGAAAGAUCCCUCAGCAACUAAUCCAACUCACAUUCCUUGCAGUCCUGAACGUUUCAAAUAACAAUCUCAAAGGCCGUAUACCUCGAGGGAAGCAAUUCGAUACGUUCGAAAACAGUUCAUAUGAUGGGAAUCCCGGGUUGUGUGGUGUCCCUCUGUCGACAUCAUGUGAAAAUCCCAAGGCCUCACCACCACCACCGCUACACAGCUCUCAAAAGGAUGAAACUGGGUUUACAAGUGGUAUUUACUGGAUGGUGAUAUUCAUGGGGUAUGGAAGUGGGUUAAUAGUUGGGUUGGUUAUUGGGACCACUCUGACCCGGAGGUAUCACGAAUGGUUUGUCGAGACCUUUGGAAGGAAGAAGAAAAUUCAGAAGAAGCAGAAAAGGAGGGAGCGAAGGAAUUAA